AUGAGACUUGUUGUCAUCACAUUGACUCUGUUGGUGUGCAUUGCACAUCAUCCAACACAUGCUAACAUUGAAGAGGAUGUAGAGGCAGAUGGACCACAGCCAUUCUUUCCAAAUUCUUAUAUAUUCAAUGACUCUAUAAGUUGUCAAGAACUACCUGGUUGUGACUUUAACAAUGCAUUGAAUUGGCUAAACUCGACAGCACCAACAAAUAACUCUAAUGUAUUACUGCGUUUCAAGACAUCGGAUCCUUUACAGUAUAUAUACUGCUCCGAACAGACUAUAUUGUCAAACAUUGACAUUGGUGGAAAUGUACUGUUCAACUACAUGACGGUAACAUCCACAGUGUUCAUACGCGACUACUCCAACCUUACGAUCAAUGAUGGCUACUCGUCGGCAUAUGUCACGGACUAUGUUCUUGGACAACAGUCUGCACUAUCGUUCGACAUCAACUCGCCGUUGGUCAUCGGUACGUUGGUGGCCGGCGUCAAGUCGCUGAGCUAUCUUCGCGCGCCACAGAUCACCUCGUCAUUUGUGCAAUCCCAGGGAUAUGUAACGAUCGAGUCGCCCAACGCAUACUUUGGCGAGGUCAAUGCCACACACCUCCAGCGACUGUCCGUGUCCCAUAGCACACUGACCAUUGGCGGUGACCUCUUGUUGACGCCUGGCGUCGACCUGAUGAUUGAGACGGACCUGCAGCGCAUCCCUGCCAAGCCGCCCAUCUUUGUUGAUGGCCAUCUUACACUUGAUGGAUGGCUGUACCUAAUGUCCACAGGCAACUUCGACACCAACGCUCAAUACUAUAUACUUGGCAGCAACAAUGCGAUAUCUGGUGGCUUCUCCACUGUGGAGUUCUCAGCGUCCGCCACCUACUACCUCAACAUCACGAGCGAUGGCGGUCGAUCGCCCUACUACGAGGUGCUCUCAUUCCCAAAUCAGAACAACGGUCUAUCGCCAUCAAUCAUCGCGUUGAUCGUCAUCUUCUCAUUGAUAUUCGUGGCCAUCUCAAUCUUCCUCAUCUACGUCUUGGUCAAGUGCUAUCGCGACCGAAGAAGAAGUAGAUACAGCUAUCAGCCUCUCUAA